CCUGAUUGGCUAUCAAGACACACCUGUCAUUGUUUGCCAAUCAGGAAGCCUCUCACUCCAGCCUUACCAGUAGGAUGAGGCAGGACCAUUUGAACUCUGUACCUCCAUAUUGCAUAGUUUAUGGAUUUUGUCACAGUUACGCCUUUUUUGUUGUUGAUGACUACAUUUGAUCUGCACUUCGCUUGCUGUUUUGCAUCAUGGGGUUACAGCCAAAGCGACCUGGAAACGGACUUCAAAGGUCGGACUUCAAAAAGGAGGAAGAUACUAAAAUGACAAUGACAACAGGAACCUUCUAUAACUUUCGUUCUCACUCGGAAGAAGACAUGAGUGACACCCGCCGCUGUCGUCGUCAUCACCUGCAGCUACGACUUCGGCAUCGUCAUUUGGCCUUCUGGGAAAAAAAGCUUGUCAAAGAUCAUCUUCGUGACAGCUCUCUCAAGUUUUCAGGAAUCCUCUGCAAAAAUCACGACCGACUCUCCCUCUCCCUGGGGAUUUCAAAUGUCGCCUCUUGGCUCGGCUUCGGCGACGUUUGACCACCGUCGAGCGAGCACGUCUCUGCUCUGCAGGCGGCACCAAUUAAGGCGGGCUUGAGCCGGGCAGGUUGUGACAGAAUCGAAGGCGAAGAGGAAAAGGGACGACGAAGAGGAGGAAGGAGGCGGGGCUUGCGGGUGCAUAUGUGGACAGGAAGUGGCCUUUCAGCGUGAAUGCAGAAAAGGAGGAAACCGUGAUGGAGACUGUCGCUGCUACAUAAGUCACCCAACAUCCCUGCCGUGCAUCACCAGUGAUGCCAUGAUCCAGUUCUGACUGUGGGUAAUGCCGAGCCAAAUCACCAAUCCUGGAGAUGCCGAAGAGAAGAGAUAUUCUUGCCAUCGUGUUGAUCGUGUUACCCUGGACGUUGCUCAUCACAGUUUGGCACCAAAGCGCUAUCGCUCCGCUCCUUGCCAUCCGCAAGGCCUGUCACCACCUAGUAAAAGAGAUCUUUAUCAUUCCAGAGAGGCUCGCAGUCCGCCACCACCGACUCUCAGAUGACGGCGUGGAGGGCAAGAGGGAGGCCGGAGGCCAGGCGGGAGACUCCAAGGAAUACUGCGCCUCAGAUAAGGACAUUGUGGAGGUGGUGAGGACCGAGUAUGUCUACACCCGGCCUCCGCCUUGGUCGGACGUGCUGCCCACCAUCCACGUCAUCACGCCCACGUACAGCCGACCCGUGCAGAAGGCCGAGCUGACCCGGCUGGCGAACACCUUCCUCCACAUUCCCAAUCUGCACUGGAUCCUGGUGGAGGACUCCCAGAGGAGGACCCCCCUGGUGACGAGACUCCUCAGAGAAACGGGGCUCAACUACACCCACCUCAAUGUGGAGACGCCCCGGAACUAUAAGCUGCGGGGGGACACCCGGGACCCCAGGAUACCCCGGGGGACCAUGCAGAGGAAUCUGGCGCUGCGGUGGCUGAGGGAGACGUUCAACGCCAACAGCAGCCAGGCCGGGAUCGUCUACUUUGCGGACGACGACAACACUUACAGCCUGGAGCUGUUUGACGAGAUGAGAUCAACUCAGAAAGUCUCCGUGUGGCCCGUGGCCUUCGUGGGCGGCCUGCGCUACGAGUCGCCUAAGGUCAACGCGGCCGGGAAGGUGUACGGCUGGAAGACGGUGUUUGACCCCCACCGGCCCUUCGCCAUCGACAUGGCCGGCUUCGCCAUCAACCUGAGGCUCAUCCUCUUCAAGCCUCAGGCGUACUUCAAGCUCCGCGGCGUGAAGGGAGGCUACCAGGAGAGCAGUCUGCUGCGGGAACUUGUCACGCUCGGCGACCUGGAGCCCAAAGCGGCCAAUUGCACUAAGAUACUCGUCUGGCACACAAGAACAGAGAAGCCCGUCCUGGUAAACGAAGGGAAAAAGGGAUUCACAGACCCCAAUGUGGAAAUAUGACAGUUUUUUUUUCUCUCCCAGAUCAUGGUGGUUGUUUAUGGACACAAAACAGUUGCUGGCAAGUUUUUGAAAGACAAUCUAACCCUCUUUGUCACUUGAAAGUGACUAGUUUUUGGUUUUUUUUGGGAAGGAAAGACAAAGCGGGAUCUGUUUCGUAUGAAAGCACAGCUCGGCGAAUGGCGGCUUUUUUUUAUUUUUUAUUUAUGAGCCCCGUGAAAGAGACGACGUCAAGGACGGCGUGGGCGCCACGGUGACGACAACUUGACAGAAAGACAGCACAAUUCUAACACCUGUCACUAAAAAAAAAAAAAAAAAAAACCUGAAAUGGGAUUAAGAUGAAGAACAUUCAACAACCCGGACUACGAUCUCGUGGAUUUUACUAGGAUAAACACUGCAAGGGAAGGAAUGUCCUUUUGAUAACAAUGUAAUUUUAUUAGUUGUUUUUUUUUUUAUGUUGACGAUACUACUGAACACAUUUACUCCUGGGUUACCAUAAGUCAUGCAUUUCAAACGCAACUUGAAGAAUUGUACAUAAAACACGUGAAAACGCGCACCUCUCACUUAGCACUUAAAACACACUGAUGGUAUUUCUUUGUGACAACGUGUACAUAGCUAUCAGGAAAUGUUGUGAAUACUUGUGAGUAUUUAUGUUGGACCGUGAGGACAAAUAAUAACAGCACACAGUCGCUUUCAUUAACAUUGAAAAAAACUAAACGAGCCACGUAUGAACACAACAAAAUAAGUGUUACGAUAUUCAGUUCUGCGAGUACGGUACAGGUGGUCCUCGGGUUACUCAGACUCGACACAGAACACAGGAAGGACGUUCAGUCGGGAAGUUAUUCGUACGGUCCCUAAUCCUGGGUAGAUGUCACUUGAGAAUAAUCAAUUUGCAAUGCGGUCUGCUGAAAAUGAUGGAAAGCGCCACUAUACAUAGCAACGGACGCUGUGGUCAAAGUUGGAAUUGCCACAAAAAAACACUUUUUAAGAUUUUCAACUGAAGCGGGUUGUGCACCUCCGAAUCUGUCACGUUUCAUGUGUCAGGUAAUCCGUCCCUUUACUACUGUACACAUCGACUUUGCUCUUGUCCAACGUAGAAAAUGCCAUUUAAAGAUGUCAGGAUCUUGUCAGAGUUUGUUAUUGACGAACUCCGAGAUGCAGAGAUGGAGUGAGAAAACAUGAUUUCAUUAAAAUAUUAGAACUAGAACAAACAAAAGGGUACUAACACAAAGCGCGCACGAGGCGGAUAACCAACAAAGAAAGUUAGCAUGGGAGCUAGAAAAUAAAAGGAGCUUAACAUGGAAGCUAGCAAAAACAAAAAGGGUCUAGCGUGGAAGCUAGCGGGUAGCGAGCAGGAAAACAGAAAUCGUAACGUGUAGCACAAAACAAACUGAAAGCUGGGAACAAAAAAACAGUAAGCUACAAACAUCUAACGGAUAUAGCUUACCGCUACGCUGCAAAUACAAGACAUGGCCCGACACGACAGGAGCGACAAGAUCGACAUCGACAAGACAAUAAUCCAGCACUGACUGGAAGACAAAGCAGGUACAAAUAGGAGUGGACUGAUUUACACCAGGUGUGGCCAGGUGCCAAUCAGCCGCAGCUGAGGGGAAACAAAGCACUCAGGGAGACAAACAGGAAGCUGAACCAAAAUAAGAGUGCUGACAGGAACUAAGGACAGGAAAUACUAAACACACAGAGGAAAACCUAAAACACAAACAGCCGUCGAAAAAACAGAAGCUAAAAUGAAGAAUUAAAUUAAAAUGUAUUUAUUAUUCUUUACAAUUUAAAAAAUUAAUUUACUUGAACGUUGAUUUAAAUUGUCAGGAAAGAAGAGGAAGGAAUUUAAAAUGUAAAAAGGUAUAUGUGUUUAAAAAUCCUAAAAUCAUUUCUAAGGUUGUAUUUUUUCUCUAAAAUUGUCUUUCUGAAAGUUAUAAGAAGCAAAAUAAAAUAAAAAAAUGAAUUUAUUUAAACAAAUGAAGACCAAGUCUUUAAACUAUUUUCUCGGAUUUGCAAAUUCUAUUUGAGUUUUGUCUCUCUUAGAAUUAAAAAUGUCGGGCAAAGCGAGACCAGCUUGCUAGUAAAUAAAUACAAUUUAAAAAAAUAGAGGCAGCUCACUGGUAAGUGCUGCUAUUUGAGCUAUUUUUAGAACAAGCCAGCGGGAGACUCAUCUGGUCCUUACGGGCGACCUGGUGACCCUUGAUCUAACCACUAGGCCACUUAGUAGGUUUUGACAGACGUCACACCAGGAAGCAGCGACCGCUCGGAGAAAGGCCGAAAAGUGACAACCUACUCUAAGAUCUCUAUUACGUUCUAAAAAAAUAAAAUGACUUGUACAAAAUGAAUUAAUCCCCCCGACACACCUGCUGUGCGAGGGUCUUAAUUAACUCACCAGGUUUAAAUGUUAGUUACGUCCCACGAUCAGACUCCUCCCACUCGAAUUUCGACUAUUUGGAGACAGCCUUACUUAUUUCACUUCACUUCUUACUUUCACUUUCAUUUGAUUUGGUGUACCUCACGCUCGGGGGGAAAAACAGAGAUUCCAGUUAAGAGUGAACUACAACCAACAAAAGAAUUCCGCCUACAUAAGCCCAUUAUUUUGUGUGCGUAUUCCACCACCAAGGUGGCGACUUGUCCAGGGUGUACCCCGCCUUCCGCCCGAUUGUAGCAGAGAUAGGCGCCAGCACCCCCCGCGACCCCAAAAGUGAAUAAGCGGUAGUUAAUGGGUGGAUGGAUUCCACCGCUAUGUCGCAAAAAUAUUUCUCUCUUCUUUUUUUAGAGUAUUUAUCAAUAAUUUAUGGAGGUGCAUUUCAAACUACCAAACCUUGCUUCACUUUUAUUGUCCGCUAAUUGCAGAGCUAAUUUUACAACAAUGAUUUGAUUUAAAAAAUGUGUAAAGGAAUCUGCGAAUAUGCGCGGAAUCUUCUGUAAUUCCUAUUUUUAAGUACCGUAUUUCCUGCGCUUACCAAAGGCAUGCGGUAAAAGUAAGAAUGCGCUAAAUAUUUUAAAACCUCUUCUCACUCCGGCACUUACCAAAGGCAUGCAGUAAAACAUUUGAGUGUGAUGUAAGCUUGGACCUUAAAUCCUACUGAAUAGCUCUUAAUCUUCUUCCCUUUAUGCGAUUUCAAAUUACCGGUAUUGAAAUCAGCCUCCUCUAUUUUAAAAAUGAUGACAGGGGAAGUGUCGCUCGUGACAUCACGAGUUUGACCAGGCGCUAAUACUAAGCAUGCGCUAAAUAUUUUGCGCAGCGAGUUUGACCCGGCAGUAAUUCAAGUCAGGCGCAUACUAUAUACCCUGCGGAAAUUCAAGGAAAUCGUUUAUAAGUGAUUAUUUAUGUUAAUCAACUACAUUUAUUCAUAAUUUAUGACAUUUAUUAUUUAAAUAUUGAUAUAUUUUUAAAACAUACGGUUUCUGUUGGUACAUUUUUAAAAUCUAAAUAAAAUAAACAAUGAAUACUUUGCUACAAAGGAGUUUCUUCUUCAGACAGCAAACUACCGUACCACAGUGUUAUUUAAGCCACACCCAUUAAAUUUUAGACUAAAUAUUUUUACAUAUAUCCGAAGCUCCGGACAAUAAGCUGCAAAAACUGUAUUUAGCGGUACGAGCGAUUUUAUAAAUAUUUAUAUAAAUACCUUAAUUGUUUCCAAAACGGGGCUUGUCAGACGGCAGUAAAACGGCUGAUCAAACAAAACAGAAGUCCUCGUCAUGGGCCCACCAGCCACGGAAGCUACCAGAUAUUAUAAAGAACGUCUUAAAAUGAGGACCACCUGUUUUUGAUGUACCUUUUUCUGUCCAUCACGGUUUUUAGGACGAGGUUUACACUUCAGCCCAAAUGUGACCAAAAUCUGAUUUUUUUUUCAAUCUGAUUUUUUUUUUCCAGCUGACUGCAAAGUAAAAUGUGAUCUUUAUCAGACUCCAGUGUAAACAGGCCUCAAUGUGCCCUCGACGUCACUUGCGUGCACAGUUCCAUAAAGUGUAACCAACAAAAGUUGACCAGAUUCCGUAUAUGAACAAGGUAGUCGCUACUACUACUACUGAAUGAAAUUAAAUUUGCCACACCUUAAAUUAUUUUCAUUUACAUGACAAUAAUAUAAAGUGAUAUAAUGUAUCACACAGUAAAGGCUAAAACUUUGGACACACCUCAUUUAAUGCAUUUUCUUCAUUUUCAUGACUAUUUACAUUGUAGAUUGUCACUGAAGGCAUCAAAACUAUGAAUGAACACAUGCUGGAGUUAUGUACUUAACAAAAAAAAUUGAAAUAACUGAAAACAUGUUUUAUAGUCUAGUUUCUUCAAAAUAGCCACCCUUUGCUCUGAUUACUGCUUUGCACACUCUUGGCAUUCUCUCGAUGAGCUUCAAGAGGUCACCUGAAGUGCUUUUCACUUCACAGGUGUCGUAGUUUGGAUGCCUUUAGUGACAAUCUACAAUGUAAAUAAAGUUCAAGUAAAGUUCAAGUACCAAUAGGUGUGGUGAGAUUAUCCUCCGCAUUUAACCCAUCACCCUCACCCCCUGGAAGGUGAGGGGAGUAGUUAGCACUCAUGAAAAUAAAGAAAAUGCAUUGAAAUGAGAGGGGGUGUCCAAAUGUUUGGCCUGUACUGUACAUAUCCAUCCAUCCAUCCAUCCAUCCAUCUUCUUCCGCUUAUCCGAGGUCAGGUCGCGGGGGCAGCAGCCUAAGCAGGGAAGCCCAGACUUCCCUCUCCCCAGCCACUUCGUCCAGCUUUUCCCGGGGGAUCCCGAGGCGUUCCCAGGCCAGCCGGGAGACAUAGUCUUCCCAACGUGUCCUAGGUAACCCCGUGGCCUCCUACCGGUUGGACGUGCCCUAAACACCUCCCUAGGCAUCCUGACCAGAUGCCCGAACCACCUCAUCUGGCUCCUCUCGAUGUGGAGGAGCAGCGGCUUUACUUUGAGUUCCUCCCGGAUGAAAGAGCUUCUCACCCUAUCUCUAAGGGAGAGCCCCGCCACUCGGCGGAGGAAACUCAUUUCAACCCGUGAUCUUGUCUUUCGGUCAUGACCCAAAGCUCAUGAACAUAGGUGAGGAUGGGAACGUAGAUCGACCGGUAAAUUGAGAGCUUCGCCUUCCGGCUCAGCUCCUUCUUCACCACAACGGAUCGGUACAACGUCCGCAUUACUGAAGACGCCGCACCGAUCCGCCUGUCGAUUUCACGAUCCACUCCUCCCUCACUCAUGAACAAGACUCCUAGGUACUUGAACUCCUCCACUUGGGGCAAGAUCUCCUCCCCAACCCGGAGAUGGCAUUCCACCCUUUUCCGGGCGAGAGCCAUGGACUCGGACUUGGAGGUGCUGCUGUACAUAGCGUACAUAUAUUUUGGAGAGUUUUAAGUGUUUUAUGGCUGUUAAGUAGAGGAAAAUCUGGGGAGAUCAAAGUCUGGGCUUCCCUGCUUAGGCUGCUGCCCCCGCGACCUGACCUCGGAUAAGCGGAAGAAGAUGGAUGGAUGGAUAAAAUCGUCCUCCGAACUACCAGGUAGAGACCUCGUGCAACUUUGAGAACUAGUAGUCCAUUGAUUGAUUGAAACUUUUAUUAGUAGAUUGCACAGUACAGUACAUAUUCCGUACAAUUGACCACUAAAUGGUAACACCCCAAUAAGUUUUUCAACUUGUUUAAGUCGGGGUCCACGUUAUUUAAUUCAUGGUAAAAUCCAGACGAAAUGGAGUGCACUACUCGGCUGCAACCAGCAGAGGCGCUAGUUUGUAGUGAAACACGGCGCUCCGUUAGGAGAAGUUGAUUGGGCUUAGUACAUCACCGGCAUGGAAGUUUGGAAAAUUCAGUAUAAUGUUCAGGACAACAAUGUUGUUUUACGUUAAAUGAAGGUAUUAUUUUGUACGUGCAAAUGAUCCCCCCCCAAAAAAUAUGAACUAUUGUUUGAGGUAAUUUUUGUCAACUUUACUCCAUUCGUGCAUUAUUUGGCAUUUUUCAGAGCAAAAACUGCAGUUUGAGUGUCGUAACAGUAGACAGCUGGCUGAGAAAAGCACAAAAUAUAAAAUUAACUGUAAUCCUUGUCGUGCAUGUCGCCAGCAGCUGUAAGGAAAACAAUGUUGUAUACGUUCGAUACCUCAAUGCUUCAAACCCCCUCAGCCUCUACUGGAAAUACGUCAUCGGAAUUCAUGUUGUUUUUAAUCACCUGCAUGGGCUCACAUCCUACUGUUAUUUAUUCAACUAAAAAAAAAAAAAAAAAAAGUUUAUUUUAUAUUUAUUCGUCUAUUUAUUUGAUGCACAGGUGUGCAAUAAGCUCCCUAAACGAUCUCACGUACCAACCAAUAAUAAGAAAUUAGCAAUAGUCUGAUGUUGAUGGCUCAUAAUUUUUGUCUGGAAUCUAAUGGAGCGUACCAGCAAGUCCGUGUGUGAUGUUUGUUAACGAGCAUUAAUAACAACCCUCCUGGGGGCUUCCAAGGCACAAUAAACUCCACUUAAGUCGUCCUCCCCCCCCCCAUCGUCACUGUCACACUUUUAUGCAUGGGACUCUUGUUGUUAUUCGCCUCAAAUUGGAGUUUGUCUCAGAGAAAGAUGGCCGUUGGUUGGAGAUAAAUAAACAACUAAAAACAUCUGAGUGUCUGUGAAGCAUUUUGUUAAUCUGACAGUGUUCAUGUAACGUGUGGAAUAUUUGUGCGAUCCCUCACGUGUUUUUGUCUUUCACGCCAUAGGCUUUAGAGUAGUCAGUGUGCAGCUCAGCAGAUGGCGUGGGCGGCUGAUGCCACAGCGGUGGAGAAGAUUCGCAAGGCGAUGAAGAUCCUUGGCCUUCUUUUGCCACAUGCUGAAAAGUUUUGACCUCUGCCAUGCAUGGUAAAUUCCAUACUGGUAGAGAAAACAAUGAAUAAAUACUCCAAAUAACUUCCAUAUUCGAUUCAACCGCCGUCUCCUCUAAUCGCCAGGUGACAAGGAAAUCAAAUAACCAUCAGAGUCUCUAAUUAGCCCCAGUUCAAAACUGCUCUUGCUUGCUCCUUUUUUUAUUAACUCUAAAGAUUGCUGUCAGGUUCAAACACUAAUGAUAUUUAUUAAACAAGACAAGAAGCAAGGAAAUAA